CAUGGACGGAGCCGGGCUGGGCGUCACCGCCUGCGCCGCGGCCGCGGGGCUGCUGCUGUACCGCAUCGCGCGGAGGAGGAAGCCCACACAUGUGACAGUGAACUGCUGGUUCUGCAGCCAGGACACGGUGGUGCCCUACGGGAACCGCAACUGCUGGGACUGCCCCAACUGCGAGCAGUACAACGGCUUCCAGGAGAAUGGAGACUACAACAAGCCCAUCCCUGCCCAGUACAUGGAGCACCUUAACCACGUUGUGUCAGGCAGUCCAACUUUCUGUGACCCUGCCAAACCACAGCAGUGGGUGAGCAGCCAAAUUCUGCUCUGCAAGAAGUGCAACAACCAUCAAACCAUGAAAAUCAAACAGCUGGCUUCAUUCUCACCGAGGGAGGAGGGCAGGUACGACGAGGAGAUCGAGGUGUACCGGCACCACCUGGAGCAGACGUACAAGCUGUGCCGGCCCUGCCAGGCCGCCGUGGAGUUCUACAUCAAACACCAGAACCGGCAGCUGCGCGCCCUGCUGCUCAGCCAGCACUUCAGGAGCAGGGACAGCGACAGGGGGCUGGCACAGAGUUUGUGUUCAUCCUCCUCUUCCACUUCCAUCACCACGCCGGCUCAGGUGAUUCUUCUGCGGUUCCUGGCCUUCCUCAGCUGUGCAUUCCUGGUUCUGAUGGCCUUGUACGGCUCCGGCGACCCCUUCUCCCUCAGCACAGCCGUCCCUGCCGCUGUCCCCUCUGCUGUCCCCUCUGGCCCCAGCCCGGGGAACAGGACAGGCGGGGACAGGGACAGGGACGGUGGCAGCUCGGGGCAGGGCUGGCAGGAGCUGCUCCUCCUGCUGCUCCCAGAGCAGCUGCUGCAGAAGCUGAGCGCGGCGUGGGCCUACGGCAAGAAUCACCAGCUGGGAGUGGCUGUGCUGGGGCUCUUCACCUGCCUGCUGGCCAUGCUGCUGGCUGGGCGCAUCAGGCUCCGGCGCAUCGACGCCUUUGCCUCGCUGCUGUGGUUCGUGGUGAUGGCUCUGCACCUGGCUGAGCGGUACCUGAAGGCAGACACGCCCAGCUGGCUGGACACAGCCAAGUUUGGCACCACGUCCCUGUGCUGCCUCGUGGGCUUCACCGCCGCCGUGGCCACGCGGAAGGCAACGGGCCCGCGGAGACCCCGGCCCCGAAGGUUCCUCUCUGGGGACUCCAUCUCCGUCUUUCCCAGCAGCCCUGGCACAGCCUUCCCUUCACCUGCUGCGUCUCUGUUUGUCCCAACACCCCCCAGCAUCCUCCACCUGACAAACCAGCAGCUCUUCAGGUCCCCACGCAGAACCUCCUCAUCCUCCCUUCCCGGGCGCCUCAACCGGGCUCUGUCACUGGGCACCAUCCCCUCGCUGGCCAGGGCAGAUUCUGGAUAUCUGUUCAGUGGAAGCCGACCGGCCUCGCAGUCAUCCCAGUCCAAGGAAUCCCUUCCAUCAGAUCCCUUCUCGCUGCUGGCCGGCAGCCGUGCCCCCUCCCGCAUCCCGUCCCCAGCCCCGUCCGUGGCCGGCUCGGUCACGUCCAGCGCGGGGUCCCUGCGCCUGCGCCGGCCGCUCAUCAGCCCCGCGCGCCUCAACCUGCAGGGCCAGAAGCUGCUGCUGUUCCCGGCACAGAGCGAGGCCCUGCUGAGCCCCGAGGAGCACACGCACCCCGACAGCCACGCCUCGGCCCCCGAGCUGCCCGGCUGGCCCAGGAAAAGCCUCCUGGAGCGGGCAGUGCCAGAUAUGAGAUCUGCUGUGGAAGGGGGGAGCAUUUGCAGCGAUAAUUCCAUCAAAAAGGAGGAUCACUCGUCACACUCGUCUACCUGUGUGGUAGACACGACUACCAAAGGGGAAGAUCUGGCAGGCUGGAGAGGUCGCUGUGGUACCUCUGUUCUCCGGGGCCUGCUCGCCAUCAGCCUGACUCUGAAUGCUGUGUUCACAUCAGCCUAUGUCUACAGGAGCCUGCGCUGACCUGUGCCAACACCUCCCUUCUCCUGGCUCCACCUGGCCCUGAGGAGAGGAGAGCUCAGCCACGGCUCCAUGGCCACGCCACCGGUGCAUGCUGUUUUAUAAAAAACUACUGUACACUCACCUGGCAUGAAAAGGAACCUGGGCAGCUGCUGCCAUCACCUCCAGGCAGAACUCACCCCAGGAUUGUCCCUGGAGAUGGCAGGCAGACUUCCCAGCUCCAGUUCAAGGCAGGAGGCCACUCCAACGGCCCACACACUUCCUUUCAAAAGAACUGACCUGAGACACAAGCCUGAAAAUGUGUGAGCUGCAUUUUUAGGAACCCCAGCCCUUUUUUCUGACAUAUUGACCUCGUGCUGAUGGUGCUGGUACAGUGGGGAGAAUUAGAGCAAAUGAGCUGGAGAGGAGGGAUGGCUUAGCAGCUGGUGCUGGGCUUUGGCUGCUGUCACAGCAUCCCCAGCCUCUGCUCAGUGCUUCCUCUUCUCUCUGCUCUUUGGCAUUCUCCUCUAAAUUGUCAGUGAACUUUCUUUAGUUGCCUUAAGCUUGCCCAAGCACAUGGGUGACCUUGGCUGCUCUGUCAUGUUCUUGCAUCUUAGAUGUCCUUGUGCUUCCAGCUGGACCUGGCCCCGAGGCCACUCUCACCAGUUCCAUUCUGGUCGUGCUGGUCUCAGCCUGCUGUGUGUCCUGUGUCCAGCCAGCUCUGUGGCUGCAGGGCUGCACAGCCCCUGGCACACACCCUGUGCUGGCUGCAGCAGAGCCUGAAGGCUUUGCCUUGCCCAGGAGGCAUUAACUGUGUACUCUGAGGUGGCUGGAAGGAAAGGAUCCCGGUGUGGUUUGCACCGUAGUCAAAGGGCUUCAGCUCCCAGCUCUGCUGGAGUUCUCACUGAGGCACUGGGUGCCAGAGGCUGUUCCUGCUGUAAAUCGCACAAAUCUGUUUGCUGGAGGUGGCUGAGGAGCUGUCUGAUUGUGUACAUCUCUCCAGGAAGCUGACACCUCAGCCUGAUGCUGGGAUUUGCUAAGUAACUGUUUAAGGUGUUUCUUACUUAGUGAAAUGCCCAGGUGCUCUCAGUGAGAAAUGCCAAACCUGCUUCUGGACAAUUCAGCCUUCUGCACAGAUUCUUCUUUUCUAGCCCAAGGAAAGUAGUAGAUUUUCAAAAGCAGUUUGGGUAAUUUGGGUAUUUCUGCUUUGGGGUGAGCCUUCAGCAUUGCUUAGAAUUCAGGGCCCAUUUAGAGUAUUGGGCUGAACACACAGAAUCAUUUAGUGCAUCUUAGGAAAAAAAAAGAAAUCCUGAUCUUGAUGUUUUGGUUCCCAAAACCCAAGCGCAGAGAGAAGAUUUACCAGUGUGUCAAAAAUACCUGGUGAGAAGAGAGUUGGCUGGCACUAGCUGUGUAUUCCUGAAGCAGGACUUGGAUCUGUUAAGAGUUUUUUUGUUGUCUCUUCCUUUGGGCUCCUUUACCUCAAAUUUCACUCCCCUGCCCUGUGUUUGCAUCCUGAACUGGUGCUUCCUCUGUCUCCCCCUCCCUUGCUGCUGUUCCCUCUCUUGUGUUGUUGCAUGUGCACAGAACAAAGUGUGUGUGCUCUGCUCUGAGCCCGAGCUCACACCUCACAGUGAUCAUCACCCUUCCUUUCACCUGGGUUUUUUUCUUGCACGUUUUCACUGAGUUCCUUCCCCAGCCUCACUGGGUGGCUGGUGGGAGCCCUGGCCAGACUCUGAUCAGCUUUACUGCUGCUGAUCCAAGCACUGAAAACCUGAGUGUGUCUGUGUCUCCCAAAUCUCCCUGCAUGGUUUCAGCUGUGCCCUUCCAGCUGCUGCUGCUGCCCUGCCCGAGGCUGAGCCUGGAGCAGGGGGAGCUGCUCACCCCUGCACACCCCUGAGCAGGUGGAGGGGCUGAGGAAAGGUCACUCGUGACUCUGCACCUCCCUGGGGCUGCUCAGAGGGCUGGGAAGGGCUGGGAAGGAAGGGCUGCACUCCCUGGGCAAGGGCCCAGAGCCAGGAGAGAGCUGCAGCUGAGAGAUGUGCUGCAGAUUGAUGAUGAAUUCUAUUGUAACUUGCAUGAACUGUUCCUUGUAGCCAAACCAGACCCAUAACCUUGUUGUAAAGAGAUUUUUGUCCCUUUUAUAGACUUUGCACCUGAGCAUGUGUACAGGAUGAUCUCUGAACCUCUGCUCUGGGUUUCACGGUGCUCUGGUGCAGUGUGUGACAUCCCAAGCACGGAUCCUUGUCCUGCCUAGAGGCCUCCUCCACAGAGACAAGCUGCCAGAAAAUGCUGUGGCUUUGCUUGUCCUUACCCAGCAGAUGUGCACUGUGACUCCAUGUAUGCAAACCUCCCACUCUGCCCUCCCAGCCUGCAGGGUUGGAGCAGCACAACUGCAAUGCCAGCCUUGUCCUCCUCCCCAGCUCUGCAGCUGCAGCUUCUCCCCUCGCCUCUUCCCCCUGCACCCCAGAGCAGGGACACCCAGCCUGGCACUGCACUCCUGGGGCUGCUCACAAAUGUUCCUGGCAGGGGGUUCAGUGACCUUGUCCAAAGCAAUAGAGAGACUUUGGGGUUCAUUACUGCAGAGGGAAGAUUUUCAUUCUGGUGCUAGAACUCUCUGCUGUGGUGCUCUCGCGGUUGUGAAGCCUUUGCAGAGGAGUAGAGAGCGUGUGUGUGUGUGUGUGUGUGUGUGUGCAGGUGUGCAAAAACCUUUGGAAGGUUUCUUCAUUUCAGAUCUGAGCCCAUGUUUGUCUUUAUAUUGUUGGCCUUAAUCUAGCUCCUGCAUACUGUGUCUAUCUCGCUGCUCUUUUCUGGACAAAGCUGGUUUGGAGGAAGCAGAAAUUCAUCUGGUGCCCCUGUAAAAAUCUGUGACUGAUGGUUUUGAUCUUCAUACAGUGUUGUUCUGGGGGGAGAUUUUAUUUUUCUAAUAUUUUUCCUACUCUAAGAACUAUUGGAAUGUAUGGAGUGGAAAAGAUCUUUACUGAAUGGCCUGAUAAAAUUUGAACAUGACUUAAUAAUACCAACAGCUAAUGGUCAGGUGCAGUGUAAAUGAGCUUUAUUUCCAGACCUUUUCCAUUUCCUACUUUUCAUCAAAAAUGUCCAGGUACUUUUUCUUUGGAUAUGGGCUGGUUAGGCAUGUUCUGAGACCUUGCAGAUACUUUAGAUGAUUUUGCUGUUCUGAAUUAGAAAGAAUUUGUAUUUUGGAGUCUGGUUCCAGUUCUGCAGUCUGGGGAGUUUGCAGAGGUGACAAAUAUUCUGCACAUAUCUGUUUGAUGGGAUAGAGGGAGUGGGUAGAAUGAGUUGCUGGUUUCUGAAGUUUAUCAAACCUUUUUAUGUUAAAUCUUAUAUGAAAUUGGUCACUGAGGGGGGUAAACUCAUUGCUGGCAUAUGCAGGCCAGAUUCACUGAAUUUUGGGUUAUUUGUUCAAGCAACAGAUGAGGCUGUGAACGCUGGAUUCCCACUCCCCUGCUGGGUGCUCAGGAAAUCCCUGCUGGCCUGGCUGGGUUCCUUGUCACAGGGCAGCUGGACUGAAGGGCUUCUCUUGCCUGUGGAUGCUGCUAUGUUUUUUUUCUUCCAAGCACCAUUCCUGGAAAUAACAAUGGUCUUAACCUCUCUCACAGACAUGGGCCAAUUUGGCCUAUUUUUUUUUUUUAAAUAUAUGUUGCAUCCAGAAAUUAUCAUCACUGUGUUGUGGGGUGGGAGUAAGGUACAGAGUAUUUUUUGACUGAAUGGGUAUCUAGAGAGGGUGAGGAGGACAAUUUCAAGUCCUAAACCUAAUUUCCUGUGAAAGAAAGGUUGUCUGUUCUGUGUGUGUACUUCUUUGGGGAGCUCUGUCACUGUACAGUUUAGUUAAACGUGCUCCAAGGAAGGAGAAGCUGUUCCUCGGAGGUUUUUAGUUCAUGCUCUGUGUUUAAAGAGGAAUAUUUUUCUUUAAAAAAUAAAACCAGAUAAGUUUUCA